AUGGCGGCCGACGCUUCUUUUGACAACCUAGUCAAACAGUUUACGCAUCUGCCAUUGAUUGACAAGCUUCCCAACUGCUUCCCCGACAUCAACCCCGUCGACAUCUACAGAGCCCACAUCACCUCCAUUCUCAGCGACAUUACCGGCGCCGACAAGAGCACCAUCUAUCCCGUUCUGCAAUGGACCGCCACUCUCGACAAGGGUGACUUGGUCCUCGCCAUUCCCGCCCUUCGCAUCAAGGGCAAGCCCGACGACCUCGCCAAGCAAUGGCUGGAAAAGUGGCCCGAAUCUCCCCUCGUCGAAAAGCCCAUUCAAAAUGGCCCCAUUCUCUCCUUCUUCUUCAAGCCAGAGCCCAUGGCCAAGACUGUCAUCCCCAUGGCUCUCAAGCACAACAAGGACUUUGGCUCCAACCCCGCCAACGGCCUCCGCGACCAAAACGACCCCUCCAAGGGCCGCCAAAAGAUUGUCAUUGAGUUCUCGAGCCCAAACAUUGCCAAGCCUUUCCACGCUGGUCACUUGCGAAGCACCAUCAUUGGCGGUUUCCUCGCCAAUCUCUACCGAAGUGCUGGCUGGGACGUAUCCACCGUAAACUACCUCGGUGACUGGGGUAAACAGUACGGUGUCCUGGCUCUUGGUUUCGAAAAGUACGGCAGCGAGGACGAGCUUGUCAAGGAUCCCAUCAACCAUCUCUUCACCGUCUAUGUCAAGAUCAGCAAGGAGGUUGCUGAGGAAAAAGAGCAGGCCGAGAAGCUCAAGGCAGAGGGCAAGGAGGAGGAGGCCCAAAGCAUCCUCAACAAUGGUGUUGAUGAAAAAGCCCGCAGCUACUUCAAAAAGAUGACUGAAGGCGACGAUGAAGCUAUUGCUCUGUGGAAGCGUUUCCGUGACUACAGCAUCGAGCGAUACAAGGAAACCUAUGCUCGUCUCAACAUUCACUUUGACGAAUAUUCUGGUGAAAGCAAAGUCUCCGAGGAUGAGAUGCAGCAAGCUGCCGCCAAGCUCAAGGAGAUGGGCCUGGCCCACGAGGAUCGGGGUGCGCUUCUCAUGGACUUUACCAAGAGCGUUCCCGGAAAGGAGGGCAAGACCCUCGGCAAGGCUAUUCUCCGCAAAAAGGAUGGCACCGCCCUGUACCUCACUCGUGACAUUUCGGAGCUCAUCAACCGUUAUGAGCGCUACAAGUUUGACAAGAUGAUUUACGUCAUUGCCUCGGAGCAGGACCUUCACGUCAAGCAGUUCUUCAAGAUUGUUCGCAUGAUGGGCCGUGACGAUAUUGCCGACAAAUGCCAACACGUCAACUUUGGUCUCGUCCUCGGCAUGAGUACCCGCAAAGGCACUGUCAAGUUCCUCAACGACAUUCUUCGCGACGUUGGCGAGCACAUGCACGAAGUCAUGAAGAAGAAUGAGGACAAGUACUCACAGGUUGAAGAUCCCGAACAAAUUGCCGACAGACUGGGUAUCUCGUCGGUCAUGGUCCAGGAUAUGAGCGGAAAGCGCAUCAACAACUACACCUUUGACCUAUCUCGCAUGACGAGCUUUGAGGGUGACACUGGCCCGUACCUCCAGUAUGCUCACGCUCGUCUGUGCUCGAUUCAGCGCAAGGCGGAGCUCAGCGACGAGGCCAUUGCCGCCGCCGACCUGUCGCUACUCACCGAGCCCAUGGCCAUCAAUCUGCUCCGCGUGGUUGCCCAGUGGCCCGAUGUUGUCCAAAACGUGCUCAAGACGCUCGAGCCCACCACCAUCCUCACCUACCUCUUCAAGCUGACUCACACCCUCAGCACCAGCUACAACCACCUCCGCAUCGUUGGCAGCGACCCCGAGGUCAUGAAGGCCCGUCUGGCCCUCUACAACUCUGCCCGCAUUGUGCUUUACAACGGCAUGGCCAUUCUUGGCUUGACGCCUGUCGAGCGUAUGUAA